AUGGGUCACGCAGGCGGUGGAUCGGAUGGGCUGUCUUCCGGGAAUUUGGAGGAUUACUCUCAUGGUUUGCAGCAGAGCGGCAUAUACUGGGAAACCGGGCAUCGCACAUACGUUCCAUUUUGGUGGCGCUGGGUUCAGAAGUUCACACCUAAGCUGAUAGAUGACCAGCUUCGUGCGAUAAUUGGUCACGCGCAGCCCGUUGCGUACGAGCCAUUUGUGUUUUACGGCAAUUCGGCCUACUUCAGGAGUUAUGUAGGAGAUCCCGACGUGAGCACAGUUCACGCACUACGCCGUCGAACCAAUUACUGCUUUCUUCCCACGGGAGGCAAGAGUUUAGCAGUGCUGGAGAGUGAGUUGCAGAAACGGGGUGAUGCCCACCACGAACUCCGGGAAAAGGUAUUCCACGAAGUGCUCCGGUCCGCCAAAGCGCUGGAUAUGUCCAAAUGA